AUGGAGGAAUAUCAUCCAGGUGAUACGAUUAAUAUUUAUAGUCAAAAUAAUUAUGUAAUUAGUAAAAUAUUCAACGGUUUUAGUGGCGCUAAAUAUAUAAAAAUAGAAAACGUUUCUCGGACAAAUGGUUAUGAAAUAUUCUAUGAAUCAUGUUUACCGUUCGAAUCUUUGGAUCAAUAUUUAUACCCAGAUGUUUUCAUCGAUCAAAAAAAAUCAUCCAGCGUAUCGUCAAAAUUAUUUCACUACAUAAAACAAUUAAGGAAUUCAAAUUUAAACGUUAAGUCGUUUUACAUAGAUAAUCAUAAAUUUCUGUAUGGAAUUGUAAAAUUGUGCAAAACCGUUGAAACGAAAAAUUUAAAUAUUAAGCUGAUUAAUCGGAAUCAUUUUCCAAAAUUUUACGAAUACGGUAGCCACAAUAUUCUAAUGAAUGAAACAAUUCUUUUUCGACUCAAGCAAGACAAUGAAACUCAUUACAUUUCGUCUGUUAACAUUGGAACUUGUCUAUUCCAGAUUUACGUUCACCAGUGGACAGCGUGUGACAGUGAAACAAAAAAAAAAUUUAACCAUUAUGAAUCCUUUUUUCAAGAUGCAAUCUAUAAAACUCCUUUUAUAACUGUCAGUUAUAAUCAUGAACUUGAAAAUUCAAUUAACGGGUAUUAUUUCUUGCAUAACAUCGAAUAUUCUCUACAUAAAUUUCGACAAUUAGAGUGGAACCAUCAAAAUAGUAUUUUGAAUAUGUUUGGAAAAAAUUCCGUAGUUUAUUUAGAAUUACAAACACUGGCUGAACUACCUCAUACCGUAAAACCAAAAAAUCAACCACUUACAGUUAAAUUAAUCCAUAAAGCAAAGCUAAAAGAUUUGCAUCCUGGCUAUCUAUUAAAUCUAAAUGAGUUACUUGGUAAUAACUCCGAUCAUGUUUCUAUUAAAAAUAUUUUAACUGGUACAAAUAACUUUUACACUACAAAUCCUUUUGUUGAAAGUAAUUAUCUAAACUGCUCAGACCUCAAUGAAAGUGAGAGUCCGAGCUUUGGAACUAAAAAAUUCAAUAUUUUUUAUGAAAUUAUUAAACAUCAAAAUUAUGGAGUUGAUCGUAUCUACUUAAAUCAACUUAAAACAUGCUUGAAGAUAAUCGUUUGCUCAAAAAUGUUUCAUGAAGAGUUUUAUAUUCCUAAAGUGGAAAUAAUAAAAUUGAAUCAAGGCACGAGAAAUAAUUUUAAGAAGAAUAUUUUUGAGAAUAAAAAUAUUAUCACGAUGUAUUUGGAGGGAAAUGAAACUCAUUUUAUUAACCACACGGAAAAGGGCGAAUGUUUGGUUCAGGUGAUAGUAUUUCCGUUUCAAUUUUUUAAUGGUUUCAAAUAUUCAAGUCACAAUGAUUCUCCGGUUUACAUGGGAAAAAUAUUGUCUGCUUCUAACAACGAAACUCUCAAAACAUUGGCUGGAAACCUUUUUAACAAUGAUUUAAGAAGUAUUAUAGAACCCAAAAAAAAAGAUUUUCCUUUAAAUGCACUUUAUGUCGAACUCAAUAAAAGUACACAAAUAAAGAAAACUCUGUUAAGUGUAUAUUUAAAUGAAUUGUAUUAA